AUGGAUUCUUACACGCAUCCGACCAGUGUUGCGCCUUCGUUGUCGAACGGCUCUCCACCCGAGUUAUUUAAUGGUCUUGGCUCAGAAAUCCUCAGCCAGCAACCCCACUCAACGCCGGUCCCCUCUGCCGCGGGGGCUGGAGAUUCGCGGUCGCCUCCGAUCACUGUGCAAGCAGCUUGCCUCGCCUGUAGGGGAAAACAUCUAAAAUGUGAUGGAAGAAACCCUUGUUCACGAUGUCUAACAUCUGAUUCUGAAUGUAUCUACGUGGCUUCUCGCCGGGGAUACAAAGGUCCAAGAAGGAAUGCGGCUCAAAAUCCGAACAAGCGGCAUGCAUCAGACGACUCGCCGUCCCCCAACGGUGAUAGCUGUCCAAUGCUGUUAGGCGCAGCCGUUUCGACGGUCGCGCCGUCGAGCCUCGCGGCCUUUAAUCCGACUAUGGUAGUCCCGGACUCUCCAGGCACCCCUUUCGCGCCUCCUAGCAUAAACGGCCUUCAACUUUACAGGCAACCUUACCUUAAUGGCACUAACGGCGCUUUGGUCGAGGCUAAUCAGCGACCUCAACAAACGGUCCCAGAACGCUGUAUCGACUCGUUUUACUACUAUUUCUACCCCGGUCACCCAGCAGUUUUACCUAAGGACCAUUUGCUCAAACUAUCGAAAGAGAGAGAUAUCGACCACCUACUUGCAGCGAUGAGAUGGGUUGGAUCUUUGUAUAUCGAUGCUGGUCCUUCUCGCGCUACUUUCUUCGACGAGGCUAUGCGCUCGAUCUAUUCCCAGGACGUCGUCAAGGAUGGAUACUUGGUCCAGGCUAUGGUCAUCGUAUUAAUAGGACUCGAUGGCAGUUGCCAACAGGAGAAAGCACGAGAGAUCCUAUCGGACGUUGAGCGGAUCGCCAUAGAGAUUGGCCUCUAUACAAGAUCUUUUGCCACCUUGCACGGAGGCGGCGUCCCUAGGGUCGAAGAGAGUUGGCGACGGACGUGGUGGGAUUUAUUUGUCGUCGAUGGAAUGGUUGCUGGUGUGCAUCGGCAGUCAAAUUUCCUCCUUUUCGAUAUUGUGGCCGACACAAUCCCACGCCCUAUGUAUCUGGAAGAUUUUGAUGAUCAGAUCUUCUCGGGAGAGGAACGCGAAUUUUCCUCGUUCGCCUACCGCGUUGCUUCCAUAAGGAACUUGGGGCGUAUGAUGCGAUUGCCAAAUGGUGGCUUCCCGAACGAGGAAAACGUAAGUCGAAUCGAAUCGCUGCUAUCGAACUGGAGGAUGCAUCUGCCGGCAUCCAAGAAAGAUAGCUUGAACAAGCACUGUCAGCUAGACGAGAUGAUGUUCCAGGCACACAUGAUCAAUCACGCUUGCUCGAUCAUCCUGCAUCAACCUCUUUCGCAGUUAGACUCAUCUCCGGCGCGCGAGGUAACAGCCUGUGCUCCGCACCGGGCAGUCCAAAGCGGUAACAAUUUCAACAUCCACACGAGACACAUCAUCACGGCAGCGUGUGAGAUCAGCAAGAUGGUGACAUACAACGUGCCCAUCACCAGCCACACGCACUUCUUCACGUGCGUCCUGACAUUAUCGUCGAUCGUCCAUCUAAGCAAGUGGGCCCUCGAGUUCUUCAUCCAAGACGAAGACGACCUUCGGCAGCAGAUCCGACUAAACAUCGGGGCUCUCAACAAGCUGAGCAACGUGUGGAAGGCUGCCAGCACCGCUUCGGGACAGGUCAAGGGGGUCGCGCAGGAAAUCUACCGCGCCAAGAGAGCACAGCAGAACAACCCUUCGUUCUGGGUCGGGUUCACGCAGGAGGAGAUCAUCAGCAGCAUGGCCGCCGACGAGGGCAUCAUGUCGGAGAUCAACACCAUGCUCACGAGUGCGCCACCAUCCUGA